AUGGAGGAGGAAGUUGCUGCCCUCGUCAUUGACAAUGGCUCCGGAAUGUGCAAGGCCGGUUUCGCCGGUGACGAUGCCCCACGAGCUGUUUUCCCAUCCAUUGUCGGUCGCCCUCGUCACCAUGGCAUCAUGAUUGGUAUGGGCCAGAAGGACUCCUAUGUUGGUGAUGAGGCACAGUCAAAACGUGGUAUCCUAACCCUGCGAUACCCCAUCGAGCACGGUGUCGUCACAAACUGGGAUGACAUGGAGAAGAUAUGGCAUCACACUUUCUACAACGAACUCCGUGUCGCCCCAGAGGAGCACCCAGUUCUGUUGACUGAGGCCCCCAUCAACCCCAAGUCCAACCGUGAAAAGAUGACCCAGAUCAUCUUCGAGACCUUCAACGCCCCAGCCUUCUACGUCUCCAUCCAGGCUGUGCUCUCCCUCUAUGCCUCUGGACGUACCACCGGUAUCGUCCUCGACUCCGGUGACGGUGUCACCCACGUUGUCCCCAUCUACGAAGGUUUCGCUCUGCCACACGCCAUCUCCCGAAUUGACAUGGCUGGCCGUGACUUGACCGACUACCUGAUGAAGAUCUUGGCCGAGCGUGGCUACAGCUUCUCCACCACCGCCGAACGUGAAAUCGUCCGUGACAUCAAGGAGAAGCUCUGCUACGUCGCCUUGGACUUCCAGGAGGAGAUCCAGACCGCCGCCCAGAGCUCCAGCCUCGAGAAGUCCUACGAGCUUCCCGACGGCCAGGUCAUCACCAUUGGAAACGAGCGAUUCCGUGCUCCUGAGGCUCUCUUCCAGCCCAGCGUCCUCGGUCUCGAGCCAUCCGGUAUCCACGUCACCACCUUCAACGCCAUCAUGAAGUGUGACGUCGACGUCCGAAAGGACCUCUACGGAAACAUUGUCAUGUCUGGUGGUACCACCAUGUACCCAGGUAUCUCUGACCGUAUGCAGAAGGAGAUUACUGCUCUUGCCCCAUCGUCGAUGAAGGUCAAGAUCAUCGCUCCUCCAGAGCGUAAAUACUCCGUCUGGAUCGGUGGUUCUAUUCUCGCCUCCCUCUCUACCUUCCAGCAGAUGUGGAUCUCCAAGCAAGAAUACGACGAGUCCGGCCCAUCCAUUGUCCACCGAAAGUGCUUCUAA